CUCCUUACACCCCAAAUCCAUUUGGACAAUAAGCCACAGUUCUUUCUUCUCUUAUUUGAAUCUUUUUUUCUUGUUCCAACAAGUUAAGAAAAGCCUACAGAAUGGAACAUGAAGUUGAUCACCAUGCAACAGGAGUCAGUCCAUCAAAUUACAGAGGUGUACGGCAAAGGAAAUGGGGGAAAUGGGUGUCUGAAAUUCGCGAGCCAGGGAAGAAGACCCGAAUAUGGCUAGGAAGCUACGAGACAGCUGAAAUGGCAGCUGCAGCCUAUGAUGUGGCGGCAUUACACUUCCGAGGACGAGCUGCUCGACUUAACUUUCCGGAGUUGGUUGACAGCCUUCCCCGUCCGGCUAGUUCAAGUGCUGAAGACGUGCAAAUGGCAGCUCAAGAGGCAGCAUUGAAGCUUAGAAGACCAAAGAUAAGUUCGGAGGUGGGUGCAGAGCUAGCUGGUGGUGGGAGCCUUGGUCCUAUUAGAGUUGGACUGUCACAGAGCCAAAUACAGGCUAUCAAUGAGUUUCCGCUGGAUUCUCCAAAGAUGUGGAUGGAAUUGGCAGGUGCUCUGUUGUUGGCAGAGCCAAUGCUCUACGGAGUUGAUGAUGCUGAGUUGAUGAGUGAAUAUGAAGAAAUGCAGGUUGAGCCCAUUUGGGAUUAGGCAGUAGGUAUAUACUUCUUUUAACUGCCCAGUCCCAACUUGCAACUUGCCCACUACCACCAGAUACAUUAUUUAAAUUAUAUAUUGAUAAUUAUUAAUCAAUAAUUCCACAUGUAAUUAACCCUUAAAAUGGUUGGAGGCUUUGUUCGUCAUGGGUUGAUUAUAUCCAUAUAUAUAUUAAUUAUUUAACUAAAUUGUUUUGUCGGAAGAGUAGGAUAAUAAUAAAAUAAAUAAAUAAACAAAACUUCUGCAUUACAUUCUCUUUGUAGCUUUCUUCUCUUUUUAAUUUGGAACGUGAAUCUCUACGAGAUAUUAGAUCUUCCCCAAUGCACCGAAAGAUUCGGUUUCCCUUUGUUCAUUAUAUACUCAAUGGUACGAGUUAUGGGGUUUCCAUUUUUCUUCUCUUUAUUUUGCCUACUCUUGUUCACUGAAGCUGCGACGAGAGGCUUUAUGCUAACAUUAGUGAAUUGUUAAUAGAAUGUUAAGUUUUUAAUUUGACUUAUUAAGUUUCAAUUCCUAAUAAUC